UCGCCCGGCCCGCCCCUUUCGCCCUCCCGGAGGGCCGCGCCGCCGCCUCUCAGUCCCUGCCCGCCGCCCGUGCGCCCCGGGAGCCGGCCCUGCGCGCCUCGCGCGGUUGGCUUCCUCCCGCCGCCGCCGUCCAGCCGAGUCCCACUCCGGAGCCGCCGCCGCCACCGCCGCCGCGGGGACAUGGUCCUCUGCGUUCAGGGACCCUGUCCUUUGCUGGCUGUGGAGUGGAUCGGGCAGCGGCCCCUGCAGGCUCAGUCCCUGGAGCUGCCCAGGCCAGUCAUGCAGCCCUUGCCUGCUGGAGCCUUCCUGGGUGAGGCAGCAGAGGAUACCCCAGCCCAGCCAGAGAAUGAACCAAAGGUGCUGGACCCUGAGGAGGAUCUGCUGUGCAUAGCCAAGACUUUCUCCUACCUUCGGGAAUCUGGCUGGUAUUGGGGUUCCAUUACAGCCAGCGAGGCUCGGCAGCACCUGCAGAAGAUGCCAGAGGGCACAUUCCUAGUACGUGACAGCACCCACCCCAGCUACCUAUUCACGCUGUCAGUCAAAACCACCCGUGGCCCCACCAAUGUGCGCAUCGAGUACGCUGACUCCAGCUUCCGCCUGGACUCCAACUGCUUGUCCAGGCCACGCAUCCUGGCCUUCCCAGAUGUGGUCAGCCUCGUGCAGCAUUACGUGGCUUCCUGCACUGCUGACACCCGAAGUGACAUCCCUGAUCCCGCUCCUACCCCAGCCUUGCCUGUCCCCAAGGAAGAUGCACCGAGUGACCCAGCACUGCCUGCUUCUGCGGCCACUGCUGUGCACCUAAAACUGGUGCAGCCCUUUGUGCGCAGAAGCAGUGCCCGCAGCCUGCAGCACUUGUGCCGCCUUGUCAUCAACCGCCUGGUGGCUGAUGUGGACUGCCUGCCACUGCCCCGGCGCAUGGCCGACUACCUCCGACAGUACCCCUUCCAGCUCUGACUGGACCGGGCAACCUGCCUAGUUUCACCCAGCCAUACUCUGGAAAGGACACUGGCCCCAGCUGGACUUGGGCUCCCACUGUCCCUCCUCCAGUCAUCCUGGUGCCUGCAUGAAUCUGGCAGCUGGACCAGAAAGAGCCAGCAAGAACAA